AUGUUUCUAAAACAUAUCGACCUCACUACUGCGCUGAGGCCGGCUUAUUUGCCAGAUGAAGUCCUCUUGUUCGUCCAGGACCAUGUGGGGCUCUACGAGGGGAAGUACAAGAUUCCCCAUUAUCAAAAUGGACAUAUCUAUCUGACCUCUCACCGAAUCUGCUAUGUCGACAAUGAGGACCCGAGGACGAACUCUGUGGCCAUCGAUUUAAAAGAGGUCGAUCGAUAUGAAUUCUACGCUGGCUUUUUGAAAUCAUCUGCAAAGAUAACCUUGGUUCCGAAACCACCCAAGCGAUCUUCAGUACAAAGUCGAGUGGCCGCGAAAGCCAAUAGCCCGUCGAGAAGCGCUACUACGUCGCCCCUAUCUAGAUCAGACAGCCCUUUCCACCCACCUGUAUCUGACCCAGUCCCAGCAAGCACAGCCACUUGGAUAUGCCCUAUAUGUACAUUCUCAAACCCAGUUCCCUCAAAUUUCGACCCUGCGACGGCAAGCUUGCGGACUCCACUUCCUCCAUGUUUGGCGUGUGGCAUCAAACCGCCUCUCGCUCACGUUUUAAAGGCUGCGAUUGCAAAUGCUACCAAUCGACCAACACAAUCUCCUGCCCCGACUCGGACUCCUCUUCCCAUUCGCAGAAAUCAUGAUGCCCCUCGACCACAAUCUGAGAUAUGGGAUGGUCCAUCUGCAACUCAACCUGCAGAUGAUUCCCAAGGACAUACAGCCAACGCCACUGGCGGAGCGUCGUUCCCAUGUCCUAGGUGCACAUUUUUGAACCAUCCAUCGCUUCUCUCUUGUGAGCUCUGCGGCGCUUCUUUAGUCUCUCAAGAUAUUCCGAGCGAAUUAGUGAAACCCGUAUUACGGGCAGAGUCGCCUGGCCCGGUGUUGAAUCAUCUACCUGGACCUGGUAUGGAAAACAACGAGAGCAUCAAAUUAUCUUUCCGUGCAGGAGGCGAGAAGCUAUUUCAUGAGCGCCUCAAAGGCUGCAUGACGCAGCGGAAGUGGCUCCUACAAGGAGCUCCCCCAGUUCCAAAGCCUAAUCGGUUAAGCACUCCCGAAAAUGGGUUAUCUAUAGCAGGAGUAUCAGAAUAUUCGGCAGACAAGGUGAAAACAGUAGGCAUCGCAGGUCUGGAGCAAAGACGGCUGGAGGUCCAAAAGAACAAUGAAUUGGUCAUAGGAAAUGCCUUUGAGGAUUUAGAGGCGUUGAUGGCAUCAGCCAAAGAGAUUGUAGCUCUUGCUGAAUCAUUCGCAGCUGCAAAUGGUGGGAAUGGGAGCUCAGAGUCUAACGCAGUGGCGAAUGCUCUUGGGUUAGUUACGACAAAAGAUAUGCUCGGUGGAGGAAGCAAUUCCGAAUCUUUAUACAUAUCCGAGCUCUCCAGAAACCUGGCUGAGUUUUUGACGGAUGAUGCUAGGGGUGUCCUCCGGAAGGCUGGAGGGAUCAUCAGUCUUGUAGACCUCUGGGCUAUGUUCAACCGUGCCCGCGGUGGGGUUGAACUAGUCAGUCCUUUAGAUUUCGAAAAAGCUGCAAAGCUCUGGGAGAAGUUGAAGCUCCCAGUACGAUUGAGGCAAUUUAAGAGCGGCGUCCUUGUAGUUCAAGCUAGCGAUCGCACUGACGACAAGACGAUCAAAGCACUUCUCGACUGGUUGAACGACCUGCAUUCGUUUCCCCCUGAUAAGGAGCUAACGUGGGAUUGGCAGCUCUUCGGCAGAGGUGUCACAGCCCAGGAUGCAGCGGAACGCUUUGGCUGGAGUAUUGGUGUUGCGGAAGAGGAAUUAGAGAUGGCAGAGGAGAAGGGCGCUCUCUGCAGGGAGGAAGGUAUCGAAGGUCUCAAGUUCUGGGAGAACUGGAUCGAUGACAGCCAGUCCCCAUCGGGGACCAUGAAUACAGCGUAG